UGUGACCACUGCAGCAAGAGAUUCAGUCAGUCACAGCAUCUGAAGGUCCAUCAACGUAUCCACACAGGAGAGAAACCUUAUACCUGUGACCACUGCGGUAAGAGAUUCAGUUGGUCAGUGAGUCUGAAGAUCCAUCAACAUGUUCACACUGGAGAGAAACCUUAUACCUGUGACCACUGCAGCAAGAGAUUCAGUCAGUCACAGUGUCUGAAGAUCCAUCAACGUAUCCACACAGGAGAGAAACCUUACACCUGUGACCACUGCAGCAAGAGAUUCAGUCAGUCACAGCAUCUGAAGGUCCAUCAACGUAUCCACACAGGAGAGAAACCUUACACCUGUGACCACUGCAGCAAGAGAUUCAGUCGGUCACAGUGUCUGAAGAUCCAUCAACGUAUCCACACAGGAGAGAAACCUUACACCUGUGAGCACUGCGGUAAGAGAUUCAGUUGGUCACAGAAUCUGAAGGUCCAUCAACGUAUCCACACAGGAGAGAAACCUUACACCUGUGACCACUGCAGCAAGAGAUUCAGUCGGUCACAGUGUCUGAAGAUCCAUCAACGUAUCCACACAGGAGAGAAACCUUAUACCUGUGACCACUGCAGCAAGAGAUUCAGUCAGUCAGUGAGUCUGAAGAUCCAUCAACGUAUCCACACAGGAGAGAAACCUUACACCUGUGACCACUGCAGCAAGAGAUUCAGUCGGUCACAGUGUCUGAAGAUCCAUCAACGUAUCCACACAGGAGAGAAACCUUACACCUGUGACCACUGCGGUAAGAGAUUCAGUCAGUCAGUGAAUCUGAAG